AUGCCUGCCGAUGCGCUAUGGACUCUUGCCAUGGCCUGCAAUGUCUACUUGACCUUUUUUCGUAGGUAUGACUCGGACCAGCUCCGACGUUUAGAGUGGAAAUAUCUUGCGUUCUGCUAUGGAUUGCCAUUUAUCCCAGCCUUCGCAUAUGUCUUCAUUCAAACUGAGGCGCGCGGAAAGGUCUACGGAAGCGCCCUGAUCUGGUGCUGGGUUGCACCGUCUUGGGACUUCUUGCGAGUUGCCUUGUUCUACGGCCCGGUCUGGUUUGUUAUCUUCCUGACCCUCGGAAUUUAUGCGCGCAUAGGCAAAUUGAUCUACCAGAGAGGGCGGCAGCUUCGCAAGAUCAACAAGCUCUAUGCGAAAGCAGAUUGCGAGACUCCAAAUGAGCCGGUCUGUUUGAAAACGACCGAAAUCCACAUCACCAGCGAGGCAGCGGCCCCCAAUGAAAUCUCCCGAUCAGUCACAGAAAGCUUGAGCCCGAUCUCACCGCACCACCCUCCCUCAAUCUAUGGUUCAUACUCGGUUACUAUCGAAGGAGGGCAAGGCAGCGGGUUACCGCUGAAGCCGCCAAGGCCGCUGAGACCUGAAACCCUCAAACGCCGCGCAAUGGUGGGCGAAAUCAAUUCUGCAGCUUGGGCCUACACCAAGUAUGCAAUGCUUUUCUUUAUUGCUUUGAUUAUCACCUGGGUUCCGUCCACAGUCAACCGGGUAUAUGCUAUUGCGUUUCCUCAUUCAUUCAGUUUUGUCUUGAACCAUCUAUCCAGUUUUGUCCUUCCUUUGCAGGGCUUCUGGAAUAGCAUCAUUUACACCAUGACAGAAGAACGUGGCCCUUCCCACCCUGAUCCGUCCCGAUCGGCAGCCUCGCCUUCUCCCCCGCCUCCCGUCCCCAUUCCCCUUACGCCAGGCCCGCGCGCCGCCGUUCUGCAGAAGGUGUUCGACCAGGCUCUGGGCCGCACGCUUCGAGCGAACUCGUACGCCAACUUCUCGGGGUGUUUCCCAACGCCGGCAAAGUACGUCCCGGCGAGCUUGGAGUCCGUGUGGAGACAGUUGAACACGAAGUUGGAGGAAAGUGCCCGCGCUGAAUUCGAGGACAUCGUGGAGGAGAAGGACGCGGUGCGUCAAUUGAACGAGUUGGAUAGUGCCCACACUUUGUCGCCGGAUGAGUUGUACCGCGCUCACCUCGCUCCGUAUCUACUUGAGACGCAGACGACUCUGGAUUCGAAAAUAGAAGCAACCCAGACUGAAAAUGCAGAACUCGCGCAACGAGUCCAGGCUCAGAGAGUAGAAAUUGAGAGCUUGCUAUCGGGUCUCGAGUCGGUCGUUUCCGACCUGGAAGGGGCGGCGGCGGCAGCGACUCAUUUCUGCGAAGAGAACGACCUUCGAAAAGAAGCUUUUCAGAUGGACGGGGAAGUGAAGGCCAGAUCGGACAUCUGA